AAUCGAACCCGUCUAGGAAUGACGAAGCUGGAUUCAUGUCCCGAUGAUGCCUUCCCUGAGUCGGCCCUCAUCCCAAAACAAGAAACCGGUGUCACUUCAUUCCUCACGAAGAAUCCGAGCUAUGACGGCCGAGGAGUCGUCAUCGCCAUUUUCGACAGUGGAGUUGAUCCUCGAGCUGCCGGACUUCAGGUGACGACGGAGAAUAAGCCCAAAGUCAUUCAGAUGUUCGAUCUCUCAGGCGCCGGAGAUGUAGAUAUGAGGACCGAAGUGGUCGCCGAAAAUGGUGUUGUCACCGGACUCAGUGGCCGUACACUGAAGCUCCCUACAGGAUGGAAUCCGUCAGGGAAAUAUAGAAUUGGCCUGAAAGCAGUUUAUGAGCUCUACGCGACCUUCGUCAGAGAUCGAGUGAAGGCAGAUUACCAUGAGAAGCACUGGUCUGCCUUCCUGAACCCCGCGCUAGCAGAAGCCUCGAAGAACUUGCAGCGGUUCGAGGCGUCCCACACCGGCGAGUUGAAAGCAGAAGAGAAAGUCCAGAAGGAAGAGCUAGAAGCCCGCGUCGAUGUGCUUUCAAAAUUGGACAAGAAUUUCGCCGAUUUCGGACCGGCCUUCGACUGUAUCAUGUUUCAUGACGGAACCUCGUGGAAAAUUAUCGUUGACACGACGUCUCGCGGGGAUUUGAAUGAAUGCGAAAUUCUCGGGCCUUAUUCCGAAACCCUCAAAUGCUGCGUCUUGAGCGCCGAAGAUAACAUGAGCUUUGCUGUCAAUGUUCACGACGAUGGAGACAUCCUCGAAAUCGUUGGGAUAGCCAGUUCUCAUGGAACUCACGUCGCUUCGAUCGCUGCGGCCAACUUCCCCGACAAUCCAGCGCGCAACGGAAUCGCACCCGGCGCACAGAUCAUCUCGCUAAUGCUAGGCGACGCGAGACUGUCAACGAUGGAAAGUGGAACAUCGAUGUAUCGCGCCAUGGCGGCCGUCAUGAAGCUCAACGUUGACGUGGUGAACAUGAGCUACGGUGAAAGCUCGAAAUGGUGUAAAGGACGAAUCUGGGACUACUUCGAGGAAAUGAUCAACAAAAAAGGGGUCUGCAUGAUGGUCUCGGCCGGUAAUGCUGGUCCCGCACUCUCAACAUUCGGCACUCCGCCGACGCAGACUUCCUUCGCAGUUGGAGCCAUGGUGACCCCACCCAUGAUGGAGGCCGAGUACUCGCUGCGGGAGAAGAUUCCCGCGAUCGGAUACAACUGGACGUCCAGAGGACCGAGCAUCGACGGUCGCCUCGGUCCGAACAUCUGUGCGCCUGGAGCUGCGAUCACAUCGGUGCCUCAAUGCACACUGCAGGGCAGUCAGCUGAUGAAUGGAACUUCGAUGGCUGCACCGAACGCCGCUGGAGUCGUUGCGCUCUUGUUAUCGGCCAUGAAACAGAAAUCAAUCAAGUAUUCGCCAUACAUGGUGCGGCGUGCUUUGGAAAAUACCGCCGCGAAAAUGUCGACGCAUGAAACGUUCGCGAACGGACAAGGCCUGAUUCAAGUCGAGCAGGCAUGGGAUUGGCUGCAAACGAAUGCCAACGAGAAGGAAAAUCCGUUGCGUUUCGAGAUCGAAGUUAACAACGGAGCCAAGCGAGGCAUAUAUCUGAGAGAACCACAUGAGACGAGCAAACCCUCGGUCAUCCCAGUCGACGUCAACCCGAGCUUCGUUGACAACAAAAACGUGGCGCCCGAGCGCAAGACCUCGUACGACCAAAACUUCGCAUUGACAUGCGACGCGCCGUGGGUUCAGAUUCCUUCUGUUCUGAACAUGAGUUUCCAAACGAGAACGGUCGCGGUCAAGGUAGACCCGACCUCCCUCGAGAGCGGCCGGGUCCAUUUCACCGAGGUCUUGGCUUUCGAAUCCGGGAAAGCUCACAAGGGCCCCGUUUUUCGAGUUCCCAUAACCGUGAUCACACCCCGAGCACUGCCGAAAGAUUCGAACUCGAUAUCCGACACGGUCUUGCUCAAACCUGGAGUUCCGAACCGGACUUUCAUCGCAGUCCCGAGCGGCGCAACUUGGUGCCUGAUGAAGAUGAAAUCCUUGUGUCCGACCAACGCCGGCACCGUGAACAUCCAUACUAUGCAAUUCAGAAAAGAUUCAGCUUACCCCGAGAACCAGUUCACAAAAACGCCUAUUCUGCAACCCCAGGGCGAAGUCAGCUAUCCGAUCAAAGUCCUGCCCGACAAAACCCUCGAAAUAUGCUUGUCGAAAUGGUGGGCGUCAUUCGGGGAUCUCAUGGUGACCUGGAGCAUUCAGUUCUUCGGACUUCAGCCAGAUAGCAGCAGUUUACAUUUCACGUCGGGUGAGGGCAUCGGGCGUUUCGACGUUUCCGCAUCUCUGGGACCCCAGGAAUGUAAUCCGCAGAUAAGCCUCAAACAGCACGUCAUGGUUCUGAAGCCAACCAAGAGCAAAAUUGCGCCGGGGGACUCCCGGGACUAUAUUCCAGAGGGAAGGAUUGUCCAUGCGAACAGCCUCACUUACAAUUUUAAUCUGGCCAAGGCCGGAGAAGCUCAAAUCGGACUUCCUUUACUCUACAAUUACCUCUACGAGAGCGAGUUCAACUCUCAGAUCUGGAUGCUGUUCAACCAGAACAAACAGUUCUUGGCAUGUGGGGACGCUUUCCCGAACAGAUAUUCCGUCAAAUUAGAGAAGGGAGAGUACACCGUCAUUGCCCAAGUGCGCCACGAGGAUCGGAAUCUGCUGGAGAAGGUCACUUCCGACCUACCGCUGCACGUGAUGAUCAAGCUUAGCUCGCCAUUGAAUCUGGACGUAUACUCCCAAGCCGAUCAAGCGCUCAUCCAAGGGAAAAAAGCUUCUGCUUCCGUCAUACCUGCAAAUCACGAACGUGCCUUCUACGUCGGCCAUCCGCCCGCCGACAAAAUGCCAAAGGGUGUUGCGGCGGGUCAUUUCCUACAAGGAAACCUUGUCUUGACAUCCGAUGAGCAAGGCAAAAAAGUAGCGACCUUCCCCUUCCGGUACUACGUUAGCGAACUGAGCGCAAAGAAAAAAGGCGAGAAGGAGUCUAAGGAAAGUGAUAAGAAGACGCCCGAUGAAGAGUUCGAAGAAGCCGCUUGCGAUUUGUGCGGACAGCAUCUCUCCAAAGGCAGCGAAAAGGCUGAAGCCAUGUACAAGGAGCUCAUCGAGUCCAAUCCUAAGGCGAAUCAGCUGAUGCUGGCCAAGAUCCAGUCUCUGCUCAAGAGCGAAUGCGAGGAUAUCGAGGAGAACAACAGGCAGGCCAUCAAGCUGGCCGACCAAAUUCUGGCGAACGUCGAUCCUGAGAAGCUCCUCCUGGGUCUCGGAUGUCGUCAGGACAAAAACGAUCACGGUGCCGGAAAACAGUAAGUGCCGCUCGAGAAGCAGAAGCAAUUGGUCAUCGAUGUCUUGACAAAGAAGGGAGAGGCGCUAUGUAACCUGCUCUCGCUGAAGCCAAGCGUCAGUUCAACCGACGACGAGAACCUCGAGGUAGAGCUAGAAGCGCUCUACGCGGAGCUGCAACGCUGGGUUGACCCCAUCCAAGAAACUAGGAGCGCUCCAUUCGUGGAGAAGUACUUGAAUAAACACAAACUGUACGGCUCCCUCGCCAAACUCCUCCUGAAAGUUCAAGAAGACAAACCCACUCAGGAAACUGAGAAGAAGCUCAUCGAGGCAUUCACGAAUCUCGAUUGGCGGCACUGCGCGUCGAAUACGGAACGAAGCCUAUGCGUCAAGUUUCCACCCGAGUACAGACCUCUUUGAGGCGACGCCGACGCUAGAGAUUCAGACCCAUACACACGGAGCAACGCAUCAUAAGUAGAUGGAGAACGGAACCAAUUAAGACAUGGAUGAGCUCAUCGCUGGGAGACUCCGAGAAAGGACCAAUAUGUACAGGAUCUGUCUGACAAUUGGACGGAGCCUCGAAGAGCUCUCUUUAAGAUAAGUCGAGCCAAGCCAGAAAUCACGAUCUUUCGCAACAAACAGGAUUUCUUGUGCUCUGCAAGUCGUCAUGUCGACUCGCGCGAACACGAUGGAGUUCCCUCGUAUAAGAGGUUGCAAACAGGUUCGCGAUACAUGAAUAAAUACAAUAUGUUGUCUCA